CACGCAAGGCCGUUCCAUACCCUGAGCUUCAGUCCUCUCGUAGGCGGCAAUGGAAAGCCAGAGAUAUCUGGCCAGCCUCUGGCAGUCGACUUGGGACUCGUCUCAGCUCUACCUGGAACAGGGAUCGAGCUUUAGUAGGCCAUUCACUUCGGCAAGCCUGAGUGUGCUGCAGAUAGAGGAUGCAAAAACGGUCUUCGCCAACACCCUCGUCUUCCCCGGAUAUGCGGCGACAGCCUCGCUGCUCGUAUUGCUCCUCCAGCUAAUCGCGCACUCGGAACCCGUGAAGAAGUUGUACAAGAGGCUUGCGACCUCGGAGAACGACUCAGCAGACGAGAUAGAGGAUGAAAACGUAGACGAUGCUGUUGGGGAACAACAGCAUUUGUCCGUUGUCUCACAACAUAUGGCUCAAUACGGUGGACCGGUCAUAUUCGCUUACCGUGUUCUGCGUCUCCUGUGCACGCUUGCCCUCCUUGCCUUAUCCAUCCUCACCGCGGUCUUUACUUCUCGCCAAGUCUCCUCGCCUUUGAACUCCAAGGUCUUGCCGCACGUUGCACUCUGCUUGACAUAUGGCUACUCGUCGCUUCUCGGCAUACUCUCUGUCGCAGUCAACGCGAGAUCCGCUAAGCUCGCAACGCAUCACUUGGCCCUAGUGCUGGCUUUCACAUGGAUCGUGUUCGUCUACCGCGACGUUUGGCCUCUUGCCACCUACACUCUUCAGCCGAUAGACGGAGCGGAAGGCGCACUCCUAUGGGGAAAGUUUGCUCUACUCACUGUUGCGGGCGUAGUGGUGCCGCUGCUUGUCCCUCGGCAGUACACACCCGCUGACCCAAGGAUGCCUGGAAGCCGAUCCCGAGCAAACGGCGUCGCUGCUCUCGACGAUGCUUUCCUGUGGCUAGACCCGACCGUCUUCGAGGCGUACAAGGUCCCGCACCUGCCAUCGAGAAGCUCCCGCCGCUCGCCGACUACGACAGCGCGAAGCAUCUCGUCAAGCGCAGCUUCAAGCGGCUCGACCCGUUCCAAGUGA